AUGUUUACAGGACUGAUCGAGAGACUCGGAAGGGUCAAAUCGCAUUCAUCGGACCAUAGUACGAUCACGAUCCAAGUUCUAAGACGGGAGGAACUAACGAAAUACCAAACUAGUCUCAACCCCGAUCCCACAUCGACGACAGCAAAGGAUGAUCAAGGGGUGCUCGAGUUCUUCAAUGACAUGAAGGAGGGCGACAGUAUCUCGGUCGAUGGCGUGUGCUUGACAGUCGUCGAGUUCUCUGUUGACGAGUCGUCGUUCGAUCUUAACUUGGCUCCUGAGACUUUAUCUCGUUCUAACUUAGGUUCUCUGAAAGUGGAUGAUUUGGUUAACGUGGAAAGAGCAUUAUCGCCCUCAACUCGAUUCGGUGGUCACUUCGUACAAGGACACGUAGAUAGAACAGGAACGAUAGUUUCGAAGACCAAGGACGGAGAUUCGAUUCGGAUGACGAUAGAAUUCGAGGAGGACUCUUGUGAAAGUUCAAAAGACGGAGGAGUCGAGGAAGGAACGACGAAGAAAGCCACCGAAUAUUCGAAAUUUCUGAUUCCGAAGGGCUACAUCACCAUCGAUGGGAUUUCACUCACGAUCACUGGGAUCGAGAACAAGGAGUCCAUUCGACCAGGAACCACUCUCAAGAAUCGAUCGACUAGAGUCUCGAUCAUGCUGAUCCCACACACCCAAUUAAACGUCACACUCUCCCUCAAAUCGAUCAUGUCGACCGUCAACCUGGAGUUCGAUAUGUUGGUCAAGACGAUCAUCAAUGUGAUCGAAUACAGUCUCAGCGACCAACUCGAUCGGAUCAUCAAUCAGGCCCUCCGCUCUCAACUUGCCCAACUUGGCAUCCAGCCCUCUUCUUCUCCUACUCAAGAUCCCAUUCCACCACAGCCUUUAGAGCUUGAUUGA